UGUACAAUAUUUAUGUAUGUGUGUGGGUGCAUGACGAUCGUGCGCUUCUCGCACCUCGCGACUGUUCGCCGUGGUUCGUCGUACUGCAGCUGUCAACGCUGUCACAGCCAUAGCCGAAAGCUGUCAUCGUCCUUUGCCGUCCUUACAACUUCCAGCCGCUCUUUCACCUUGACCGCGGGAAUACACAAGACGGGAAGAUUUCGUGAAAAAAAUGUGAGACGCCCAAUCUUUCGGACCGGACGCAUUUUUUUCUUCCGAGAGAGAAAGGUACACAGGAAUAAGCGAGCCAAUUCCGCUAUUCCGCGAUAAGCCACGGUUAUGUUUUUCGAUGGAGAGCUGUUUAACGACAAUGGCAGCAACAUCCCCGUCGAAGCGAAGACUCCAGAAGGAAUUGAUGUCUUUAAUACGCGAGCCACCACCAGGUGUACAUGUAGAUGGAGAGUUGGCUGGACAGAAUUUGACACAAUGGAUCGUUCAUAUGGAAGGUGCUAAAGGCACACUCUACGAAGGAGAACAAUUUCAGCUUCAAUUUAAAUUCAGUUCUAAAUAUCCAUUCGAUUCACCAGAAGUGACUUUUAUUGGUGGAAAUAUCCCUAUACAUCCACAUGUUUAUAGCAAUGGUCAUAUUUGUUUGUCGAUAUUAACAGAGGAUUGGUCUCCUGCUCUCAGUGUUCAGAGCAUCUGCCUGAGUAUUAUUUCCAUGUUAAGCAGUUGUAAAGAGAAGAAAAGGCCACCUGACAAUACAUUUUAUGUUAGAACAUGCAACAAGAAUCCGAAAAAAACAAAAUGGUGGUAUCAUGAUGACAGUGUCUAACAUGGAAGAUCAUUUAAAGAUCUGAUCACCUCGUCAACAUGGAAAAAUUGUUGGACCAAGUGGGAUAACAUUUAAAUUGAAACUGAUGCAUUAAAUUAAUAGAAUUUUGCAAACUAUAGUAUAUAGUGAUUUCACAAUAUAAUAGGAAAUUAGUUGCAUAAUAAUUUUAAAAAAGACAAGGCUACAACCUACUUACUACACCAGAUAUAGAAUUAAUGUAAACUGUGAGUUGUUUAAUUAUAAAUUAUUACAAUGUUGCAGAUAGUAAAAAAAAAAAAAUACGUAUUAUAGUUAUGAAACUAUUAUUGCAGGGGUCAGUUUUAAUGCUAGAAAGAGAGACACAGACAGAAUGUAUUAAUUAUUUAAUAUUAAGAUAUUAAUAUAUAAAAUUUUUCUCUCCUGUUACGGCAAAUUAAAAAGAUUUAGGUGUUAAAUAAUAAUCAUACAAAUUAAAAAGAUUUUUAGAUGUUAAAAAAUAAUCAUGUAAUAUAUACUUAGAAGACAACACAAAAUGAAUAUUGUUAUUGCUGCAUACAUACAUAUAAUCGAUAUUACAUUUGCUACACAUUCUAAUAAUUACUUUCACUGUGUUAUCUUCAAUAAAACUUGAUAAUUUUAAUGAUUUA